AUGCUCCAGUUCAAUGUUCCAUUGCUCCAAUGGAUUCAUAAACACUGGAGAUUCAUUGAUGGGGAAAUUUGGCCCUCUGCAACUUCAAUUUUCGAUGAUACUUCAUAUAAUGAAGAUGAAAAUGAUAGAGAAAGCGACACCGAAGAUGGAAUGUCUUUUGGAAUGGGAGCGAAAUCCUUGCUACAAGAGAAAGAAG